AUGGAUGAACACUGGCAGGCCCCCACCCCAUCCAGGGAGCUGCAAGGGACACCUCCGCCCCCCUGCAGCGAGGCGGCCGUGCCACCCCCCGUCCGCUCCCCCGAGAUAAGGUGGAGAGAGGAGCCUCCGUCCCAGGCUGGGGCUGGGAGGUGGGUGCCGCCGCGGGCCUGGCCGCGAUGGUCCCCCUGCUUCCCUGCAGACGUGGCCGUGGUGGAGGUGAGCAGCUCCCAAUGCCAGCCCUCGCUCUUCUACCACCUGGGCGUGCGCGAGAGCUUCAGCAUGACCAACAACAUCCUGCUGUGCUGCCACACCGACCUGCCCGACCUGCAGGCCCUCCGGGAGGACGUCUGCCAGAAGACCUCCGACUGCUGCAGCAGCUACACGCUCAUCCCCUAUGUGGUGACCGCCCAGAACAAGGUCCUGUGUUGCGACGCCAGCGCCAUGAAGUGCCUGACCGAGCUCUUCCAGCCCAGCUUCGACAUGGAGGCCUUUUUCACCCCGCUGUCGACACGCUUGGCCAAGCUGCUAGAGGCCACCCCCACCAGCUCCUGCGAGUACUUCCGGGAGACCCUCCGCCGGGACAUCCGCCAUGCCCGGGAGCAGUACCGGGGCGAGCAGCUGAGCCAGGAGCUGGCCCGUAUCCAGCAGCGCCUGGACAGCGUCGAGUUCCUCAGCCUCGACAUCAUCGUGAACCUCCUCCUGUCCUACCGCGACGUCCAGGACUACAACGCCAUCAUCUCGCUGGUGGACACUCUCCGUGCCCUGCCUACCUGCGACGUGGCCGAGCAGCACAACAUCCGCUUCCAUUACGCCUUUGCCCUCAACAGACGAAACCAGCCUGGGGACCGGGAGAAGGCGCUGACUGUGCUGCUGCCGGUGGUGGAGCAGCGGGAAGGCGUGGCGCCCGACCUGUACUGCAUGUGUGGCCGCGUCUACAAGGACAUGUUCAUCAGCUCCAACUUCACGGACACCACCAAGAGGGACCAGGCCUUGUACUGGUACAGCAAAGCCUUUGACACAGAACCCAGCCUCCAUGCUGGGCUCAACGCCGCUGUCCUCCUCGUGGCUGCUGGGCACGAGUUCGAGACCUCCCUGCAGCUCCGGCAAAUAGGCAUGAAGCUGAGCUGCCUUCAGGGCCGCAAGGGCAGCCUGGAGAAGAUGGAGUAUUACUGGGACGUGGGCUUCUAUCUGGGCACUGCCAUCCUGGCCAACAACCUGCCCAAGGUCACCCAGGCCUCCGAGAAGCUCUACAAGCUCCACGCCCCUGUCUGGUACCUGGUCUCCGUCAUGGAGACCUUCCUGAUUUACAAGCACUUCAAGAAGAGCCUGGCAGACACAUCCCCCAGGCAGGCCCUGGCGGACUUCUGGCUGGGCUUCCUGCUGGUGUCGUCCCAGCCCUUCGCCCCCACGGACAGCUGCCCGGUGCUGAUCCUAGAGCCGGCCCAGGUCCUGCAGCCGGCCGAGCUGAUCGUGCGGGAGGACCAGGCUGAAUGCUCCCUGAUGCUUCGCCACGUCUGCCCCAUGGAGAAGACAGGGGUUUCCAGCUGGACCUUCCCGGCUUCCUCCAUCCGCGGGGUCAGCAUCUCCAAGUGGGACAAACGCUGCUUCUUCCUGUACGUGCUGCCCGCGGCCGAGGACUUCCAGCUGUGCUUCCCCACCGAGCACCACUGCCGCUGGUUCUGCGAGCUGGUCGGCUCCAUCGUGGCAGCGCAGGCGGGGUCCGGCGAGGAGGCAGGCAGCAGCGCCAGCGAGGUCUUGGAGUAUGACUACGAGUACACGGAGACGGGCGACCGGGUGGUCCUGGGCAAGGGCACCUAUGGCAUUGUCUAUGCUGGGCGCAACCUCAGCAACCAGGUGCGCAUCGCCAUCAAGGAGAUCCCGGAGCGGGACGGCAGAUACUCGCAGCCGCUGCACGAGGAGAUUUCCCUGCACAAGCGCCUGAGGCAUAAGAACAUCGUCCAGUACCUGGGCUCCAUCAGCCAGGACGGCUUCAUCAAGAUCUUCAUGGAGGAGGUGCCAGGAGGGAGCCUCUCAUCCUUGCUGCGCUUCAAGUGGGGCCCUCUGAAGGACAACGAGUCCACCAUCGUCUACUACACCCGGCAGAUCCUGGAGGGGCUGCGCUAUCUGCACGACAACCAGAUCGUCCACCGCGACAUCAAAGGCGACAACGUCCUCAUCAACACGUACAGCGGGGUGCUCAAGAUCUCCGACUUCGGCACCUGCAAGCGGCUGGCUGGGAUCAGCCCCAGCGCCGAGACCUUCACAGGCACCCUGCAGUACAUGGCCCCCGAGGUCAUCGACCAGGGCCCGCGGGGCUACGGGAAGCCGGCGGACAUCUGGUCCCUGGGCUGCACCCUCAUCGAGAUGGCUACGGGCAAGCCCCCCUUCUAUGAGCUGGAGAGCCCACAGGCUGCCAUGUUCAAGGUGGGGAUGUUCAAGAUGCACCCCAAGGUGCCGGACUCCAUGUCGGAAGAAGCCAAGGCCUUCAUCCUUGCCUGCUUCGAGGUGGAUCCAGACAGGCGGUCCACAGCUGCAGCCCUGCUGCUGCAGCCGUUCCUGGCACCCUCCAGCCGAAAGAAAGCCAGGAGCCCCGGCGCGCCGGCCGAGGGGGCAGGCGACUCCCCAAUUCUGGUGCGCCGUGGAGAGGCUGCUGGCAUCCCCAGGAGCGUCUCCUCAUCUUUGCAGGUCCCCAGGGCAGGUGCCAAGGUGGACGGCAGACCCUUGGCUCGCUGCACCAGUGAGAUGACCCUGAGACGCGGCUGCCGCGGGUCCCCUGAGGAGUCAUCCAGCCCCGAUUUCAGCAUCUCGUCAUCCUCCGUGGAGGAAAGCAGUGGCCUCUUCCUGCUGCGGAAGGACAGCGAGCGCAGAGCCACCCUGCACCGCGUCCUCACCGAGGAGCUGCCCAGCCUCGUGGCCACCCUGCAAGAGACCCAGGCACAGAGCGCGGAGGGAGCUCGGCUGGAGCCAGACCACAUCGCCCAGCUGGUGUCCUGCCUUGGGGGCUUCAUCCGCUCCCCCCGCCCCCAGCAGCUGGAGCAAGACCUGCAGGCACUGCAAGGCCAGCUGCAGGCAAGUGGCCGGAGCCUCCGCCAUGCCCAGCCGCUGCUUUUUGGCUUCCAGGAGGCGGUGAGUGCCCCAGGCUGGGCUCUGCCCCCACCCACAUCGCACCCAGGGGGCGGGUCGGAGAAGACAGCAUCCUUAGCUGAGCUGCAGCUGGGGCAUUGGCAUGCUUCGGGGGCUGCACUGAGCGCAGCAAGGCAGGUGCUGGACCCCCCUCGCCAUGUCUCUUGGUUGCCUCUAGAGCUUGGUUUGGCAGCCGGGGCACAGAGCAAAGACCACCUCAAAGAAGCAAGCAAUGAGGAGGAGGAGGAAGAACAAGAGGAGACCAAGAGCCAGCCAGCCACGACGGGCAGCGAGGAGGCUCUGAGGCCGGGUAGUGAUGCCAGCCUCGGUGCCCAAACCAACCCACCAGGCACCUCCCUGCUCCUGGCACAGCUCAGCCACCUCCGCGUGGAGACAGGCAGGCUGCUGCAGGAGCUGGUGCAGAAGGAGCAGGAGUGGCAGGGGCUGGUGAGGAGGGCGUUGCGGGUGGCUGAGCAGGAUGCCAACACCGGGCGGAGGUCGCAGCCCAUUGCCAUCCCUGCUCCCUGCCAGGCACAGCCCCCGGAUCCCCUCCUCGUGGACUGGUUGCAGCACCACAGGGUUGACAGGGACACGACCGAAACGCUCCUGGCACAUGGCUUCACCCUGCCCGACCUGCUGACCUGCGCCACGCGGGACGACCUGCUGUACACGGGUAUCAGCGGUGGGUGGGUAUGCCGGCUGUGGGCAGCCAUCCUGGAGCACCGGCAAGCCGCACUGGCACAGCGGGGAGCAGACUGAGACCUUCUCCGGCC